CGCCUCCACCUCUCUAUCCUUUGAAGCAAAAGCAAAGCCAAAAAAGAGUCAGAGAAUCCAAAAGCCAAACUCCGUCCGGAAAGUUUGGUUUGGCUUAUUUUCUCUUUUUGGCGUCUCUUGCCCCCAUUUGCUUCAAAUACUUGCUUUCUCCUCCCCAUCAUUACACUUCACCUUCUCACCGCUUUAGAUUUUCUUAUUUAUACUACAAUGGUAUUCUGGGUUUUUGGCUAUGGGUCGUUGGUUUGGAACCCAGGAUUUGAAUAUGAUGAGAAAAUCAUAGGCUACAUCAAGGAUUACAGGCGUGUUUUUGAUCUUGCCUGCAUUGAUCACAGAGGUACUCCUGAACACCCAGCUAGAACUUGCACUUUGGAACAGCAUGAAGGAGCUAUAUGCUGGGGUGCUGCUUAUUGCGUUCGAGGAAGCCCUGAAAGGAAAAAACUUGCAAUGGAGUAUUUGGAGCGGAGAGAAUGUGAAUAUGAUCAGAAGACCCUUGUAGACUUUUACAAGGAAGGAGAUCCUUUACAGCCUGCUCUAACUGGAGUCAUAGUUUUCACAUCUACUGCAGACAAAGUAUCAAACAAGUACUACCUGGGCCCUGCUCCAUUAGAGGAAAUGGCUAGGCAAAUUGCAACAGCUUCUGGACCUUGUGGGAACAAUAGAGACUAUCUCUUUCUAUUGGAGAAGGCCAUGUUUGAUAUUGGUCAUGAGGAUGAUUAUGUAAUAGAGUUGGCGAAUGAGGUGAGAAAAGAGCUUGGAAUUGUUGAACAAGAGAUUCUGAAGGAGAAAAAGUUGGGUGAGUCAACCCAGAUUGCACUGAAAAAAUCUCAUAUUCCAGGCAUUCAACUCCAUCUUCUCCCAGAAGCCAUUGCCAUGGAUUUGUAACAAUACGAGCCUGACACUCGAGGAGAAAGAAAAGAAUAGCACAGGAAGCUUAGCUUAGCUUAGCUAACCCAAUAAAAUUACUCUUCACUUUACGUUAUGUUGGUUUUUCAUUUCCCUGACUUCGAGUACUGUAUUAUUUGGAGGCUUAUGAUCCUUUUGACUGAAUCAAAUCACAAACUCUAUUUAGAUUUUA